GGUAAAAUGUCCGCGAUGGAGGUGGACCCGCAGGAGGAAGAAGUUGAGGUGCCGUCCUCGAGCACCUCCAAGCACGACAAGAAGAGGUUCGAGGUCAAGAAGGGUGAGUGGAAUGCCGUAGCACUGUGGCGUGGGGACAUCGUGGUGGACAACUGUGCCAUCUGCCGUAAUCACAUCAUGGAACUCUGCAUCGAGUGUCAGGCCAACCAGGCAUCUGUCACCUCCGAGGAGUGCACUGUGGCCUGGGGCGUGUGCAAUCACGCCUUCCACUUCCACUGCAUCUCCCGGUGGCUCAAGACGAGGCAGGUGUGUCCGCUAGACAACCGGGAGUGGGAGUUCCAAAAGUAUGGGCACUAGGAGACCAACCGUCACUACAUUCCUCACCGCUCCACCUCUUCCUACUCCACCUUUACUUCUCAGGGUGGAGGAUGAUGCCUUCUGCUGCUCCCUCUGCCUCUGUGUCUCUUUACUUCUUCUCUCAGCACCACACAGCCCCUCACUCCAAAUGUUAUGCUAAGGUAGACUACAGCUGAAGAUGAAAAGUAAUAAUAAUGGAAUUCUUUGCUUGUGAUGAUGGAAAGAAAAAAAUAUUUAAGAAAGUCAAUAAAAAAUGUUGUCCUCCUUUUUUUGUA